AUGGUGCUCGGGAGCUGGUGGCGGGCGGCGCGGGCCCUGCUGGCGGCAGCGCCCGGUCCCAGCAGCCGCAGCCUGUGCGCCGGCGGGGAGCUCGGCCUCUCCUACCGGGAGCUCAAAGACUUGAAGAAGACCAACGUGCUCCACAUUGACGUGCGGGAGAGGUGGGAGAUCGACAGGUUUGGAAAAAUACCAGAGUCCAUCAACAUCCCGCUGGGCGAGUUAGUGGAAGCUCUACAAAUGGACCCAAUGGAGUUCAAGGAGCAGUACAACCAAAAGAUGCCAUCCAAGUCAGACCCUGUGGUUUUCUCCUGUUUGGCAGGAACAAGAAGUAAACAAGCACUUGGUUUUGCCAUGUCCUUGGGUUUCAGCAGAGUUCAGCACUAUGCUGGUGGCUUUGAGGACUGGGUAAAACAUGAACCUCCAGAAAAGAAAUGAAGAUUACU